AUGUCCACGAAAAGUCGUUUUUCCGAUCGCAAGCUGCCAAGGAAUCGAUCAGAUUUGGAAGAUUUGAUUAUACCGUCCCAACACUAUACGCUACUGAAGUGUCACCCACGUUUGCCGCAUAAUCAGAGUGCGACAGACUCGGUAAACUCCUUCGGAGCUCGCUCCCAAUCGGUAGCAUCGCAUGAGCACACGGUACCUCUUGAAUCUAGCCACCACAUGGUAGCUCAUAAGGUUUGUGCCCAUGAUUUCUCCGUUACAAUCUCCAACUGUACCGCCUCUCCGGAGUCAAUUUUCGCAUAUCAUGGUUCAGACUCUAUUGAGAGAUCUAUAGGACCCACGGACAACUGCAACUACCGCGACCAAUACAAUAUGCAAUCUGGAGCGGCAGUAAUCUGGACCCCUACAAGCAGGAGAGUUGUAAGUAUACUGAUGUUUCUCCAAUUAAAGGCGCACUGGCAGAAGAAGCCUGGCUCACCGACUCAAGGGAGUUCGUGCUUCCCUCCUCUCUUUCCGUUACUCCUAUUUUUGAUUGUGGUCAUUCUCUCAUUAUCACAGAUCAAGGUUAUGCUACUGAGUCUCUUCCAUAUCAUCGUUCCGAACAAACAACGAACCAGCCAACAACGGCUAGCUGUCGAAGAAGGUAUGCAACAAACUGUGAGCAACUCAUUUCAUCACGAUAUCCUAGCUCUCUGUAAAUCGACCAAUUCUCCUGGUGCUUCUCUUGUAGCUACAAUCCUCACUAACCCCACAAAAGCCAUGGGAAACAUCUUAGAACGAUCUGAUAUUGAAACCUAA